AUGAUUCAUACAAGUUUCAUUAUUAUUAUUAUUAUCAUUAUUGCUGUUACUACUACUACUACUACUACUACUACUACUACUACUACUACUACUACUACUACUACUACUACUACUACUACUACUACUACUACUACUACUACUACUACUACUACUACUACUACUACUACUACUACUACUACUACUACUACUACUACUACUACUACUACUACUACUACUACUACUACUACUACUACUACUACUACUACUACUACUACUACUACUACUACUACUACUACUACUACUACUACUACUACUACUACUACUACUACUACUACUACUACUACUACUACUACUACUACUACUACUACUACUACUACUACUACUACUACUACUACUACUACUACUACUACUACUACUACUACUACUACUACUACUACUACUACUACUACUACUACUACUACUACUACUACUACUACUACUACUACUACUACUACUACUACUACUACUACUACUACUACUACUACUACUACUACUACUACUACUACUACUACUACUACUACUACUACUACUACUACUACUACUACUACUACUACUACUACUACUACUACUACUACUACUACUACUACUACUACUACUACUACUACUACUACUACUACUACUACUACUACUACUACUACUACUACUACUACUACUACUACUACUACUACUACUACUACUACUACUACUACUACUACUACUACUACUACUACUACUACUACUACUACUACUACUACUACUACUACUACUACUACUACUACUACUACUACUACUACUACUACUACUACUACUACUACUACUACUACUACUACUACUACUACUACUACUACUACUACUACUACUACUACUACUACUACUACUACUACUACUACUACUACUACUACUACUACUACUACUACUACUACUACUACUACUACUACUACUACUACUACUACUACUACUACUACUACUACUACUACUACUACUACUACUACUACUACUACUACUACUACUACUACUACUACUACUACUACUACUACUACUACUACUACUACUACUACUACUACUACUACUACUACUACUACUACUACUACUACUACUACUACUACUACUACUACUACUACUACUACUACUACUACUACUACUACUACUACUACUACUACUACUACUACUACUACUACUACUACUACUACUACUACUACUACUACUACUACUACUACUACUACUACUACUACUACUACUACUACUACUACUACUACUACUACUACUACUACUACUACUACUACUACUACUACUACUACUACUACUACUACUACUACUACUACUACUACUACUACUACUACUACUACUACUACUACUACUACUACUACUACUACUACUACUACUACUACUACUACUACUACUACUACUACUACUACUACUACUACUACUACUACUACUACUACUACUACUACUACUACUACUACUACUACUACUACUACUACUACUACUACUACUACUACUACUACUACUACUACUACUACUACUACUACUACUACUACUACUACUACUACUACUACUACUACUACUACUACUACUACUACUACUACUACUACUACUACUACUACUACUACUACUACUACUACUACUACUACUACUACUACUACUACUACUACUACUACUACUACUACUACUACUACUACUACUACUACUACUACUACUACUACUACUACUACUACUACUACUACUACUACUACUACUACUACUACUACUACUACUACUACUACUACUACUACUACUACUACUACUACUACUACUACUACUACUACUACUACUACUACUACUACUACUACUACUACUACUACUACUACUACUACUACUACUACUACUACUACUACUACUACUACUACUACUACUACUACUACUACUACUACUACUACUACUACUACUACUACUACUACUACUACUACUACUACUACUACUACUACUACUACUACUACUACUACUACUACUACUACUACUACUACUACUACUACUACUACUACUACUACUACUACUACUACUACUACUACUACUACUACUACUACUACUACUACUACUACUACUACUACUACUACUACUACUACUACUACUACUACUACUACUACUACUACUACUACUACUACUACUACUACUACUACUACUACUACUACUACUACUACUACUACUACUACUACUACUACUACUACUACUACUACUACUACUACUACUACUACUACUACUACUACUACUACUACUACUACUACUACUACUACUACUACUACUACUACUACUACUACUACUACUACUACUACUACUACUACUACUACUACUACUACUACUACUACUACUACUACUACUACUACUACUACUACUACUACUACUACUACUACUACUACUACUACUACUACUACUACUACUACUACUACUACUACUACUACUACUACUACUACUACUACUACUACUACUACUACUACUACUACUACUACUACUACUACUACUACUACUACUACUACUACUACUACUACUACUACUACUACUACUACUACUACUACUACUACUACUACUACUACUACUACUACUACUACUACUACUACUACUACUACUACUACUACUACUACUACUACUACUACUACUACUACUACUACUACUACUACUACUACUACUACUACUACUACUACUACUACUACUACUACUACUACUACUACUACUACUACUACUACUACUACUACUACUACUACUACUACUACUACUACUACUACUACUACUACUACUACUACUACUACUACUACUACUACUACUACUACUACUACUACUACUACUACUACUACUACUACUACUACUACUACUACUACUACUACUACUACUACUACUACUACUACUACUACUACUACUACUACUACUACUACUACUGCUGCUACUACUACUACUGUUGCUAUCACUGUUUAUAGAGGCAGUAUUAGUAUAAUUGUUUUCACUUAG